AUGGCUUGGCUUGGCUUGGCUCGGCGUGGCGUGGCGUGGCGUUACAUAAGAGAAUCGGUGUCUGGUUGCGGCUUGUCACAGAUAUGCUCUGCGGACAUUCCAGUGACGCCGCCUGUACGAUGUGGCGAGAUUCCUAAAGAUAUUUAUUCCUGUAUGGGAAAUCCGAGAGUUGUCCCACCCAGUGUCACGAAUAAGUGUAACAAAGUUAAAACUCAGUGCGACAGAAUGACGUGCCUCUUCAGAGAGUCCGGUUGGAUGUCUGGUGAUGCGGUGGACAAGGCGAAGAUCGCCUCGCACUUUGAUGACUUUAAAAAGGAGUUCCCCGAGUGGAGCGCCGCGGUGGACAGCCUCAAGGCCUCCUGUGUCAACGCGGACCUGCCACCGCAAGGAGUCCACGUGAACUGUCCAGCCUAUGACGUCAUGCUCUGCGCCUUGACGAGCUUCAUCAAGAACGUUCAGCCCAGCCAGUGGUCUACGGCCGCCAGCUGCGAGUACGCGCGCCAGUACGCAGCCUCCUGUCCGGUCUGCCCCAACGACUGCUUCGCACCCCUCGUGCCCACCGGCUCCUGCAACUCCUGUCUGCUGCUGCCACCCGCAGAAGGGCCACAGAACACUAUCAACAUGUUCGAGGGCGCUGUCGCCGGCAUUUUGAACCGGCUGUUGGGCAAAUACGUGCAGGACCUUGACACGGAAAAUCUUAAUGUGGGCAUCUUCUCCGGGAAUGUGAAUCUAACGGACCUUAAGCUUAAACCGGAGGCUCUGUAUGAACUGGACCUCCCGAUCGAUGUGAAAAUCGGUACCGUCGGCCGUAUCAGCCUUCAGAUACCAUGGUCCGGACUAUACACCAAUCCCGUAGUCUUCAACAUCGAGGAUGUCCUGUUGCUGGUCGGUCCAGCCAUCUCCAAUAGUUACUUCGACCCCGAAAGGGAGAGGAGACUCACGAGGGCUGCCAAGAGAAAGAUCUUGCAGGACUUAGAAGCGGAGAGUGAGAUUCUGAAAGGCCCGCAGAACUUUUUUGAGAGCCUCUUCACAGCGAUUGUGAAUAACAUACAGAUAUACGUGAGAAAUGUUCACGUAAGGUACGAGGACUCUAUUAGUUCCAAAGACGGACCACUGGCAUGUGGUCUCUGCUUACAGAGUCUAUCUAUAGAGACUACAAACAGCAAAUGGAAGCCAUCGGUGACACCAGUAAAUGCCUCGACUGUUUAUCAAAUGAUGCGCAUCGAAUCCCUCUCCCUGUACUGGAAUCCAACUGCCACAGCCUUGGAUGACAAUGAGACGGCGCAUAUAACGCCAAUGCAGUAUUACAACUGGAAGCACUACAUGCUAACAGGACUUAACAAGUUCUCAAUGCACCACGAGGAUUUCGAGUUUUUGCUAAAGCCCGUCACUUGCAAGGUGAAAGUCUUAAUCAACAGGUCUGGUGAAGCUAGAGUGCCGAGGCUUCUUUUAGAUGCAGUAUUGCAGGAUAGUGCGCUGCAAUUGUCACGUCGGCAGUAUUUAUCGAUUGACAAUUUGUUAUCUUCGUUCUCACGAAUAAAACUAAACAGGAAAUACCGUCACCUCCAUCCCGGUGUGCCCGUGUCGAAGGACGUGAAAAAGUGGUGGCGCUACGCUUAUAAUGUGGUGGUCGAACAGCGAGUCAGGCCCUAUACUUGGAAUGCCAUCAAAAAGCACAGAGAGAACUACAAUGCGUACAAACAGACAUACAAGAGCACACUUAGAAGUCCCAACGAUAUAGAACUGAAGUUGGAUCUUCAAAAGUGUGAAGACAAUCUCCCGAUAAUAUCAGUGGUGAUCGCGAGAGAGCAGGCUAAAUUUGAAUUACUCUCACAAGAACCGGACCGAAUCGAAGUGGUGGAGACUGAAUUCGACUGGUGGAAGCCCGCUAGUUCCGAGGUAGAGAGCGACUCCGACGCAGAAAGCAAGGCGCAGGUGGAGCUUUGCGUGAAGACCGAAAGGAGCCGGAGCCUUUGGAGCCAUCUCUCGAGCCCCGAAAAGAGGAGGGUCUGCGAACUGAUAGGAUACGUCGAAGGGGCACCGAAACAAGACAAAUCCAAGCAGUAUAUAGAACACAAAUUAAAUUUGACUCUGGCGAACUGCUCGUUGACAUUGAUGAACAGAAGCAAGGAGGUAUUGGUGGUGACUUUGACCCAGUUCCUCGCCUCGUUGGAAACUCGACCGUCAGCGAAGGCCUACAAGCUCUCCGCCCGGGCGGAGAGUAUGGUGAUUGAAGGGGCCACUUCGGACGGUGAUCUCGUGCCGCUGUUGACCACCGAAAGGGGAAGCGCCCUGACUGGUGCCAACCUACUGGCGGUAGACUUCGAAAGGAACCCAUGCAACAGCGAGGCGGACUACGGCCUCAGCUGGCUGAUGGAGUCUGUGGAGGUGCUGUAUAUCGAACACGCGUUCACGGAACUUAUAAACUUCUUCCAAACCCACUCUAUGACGUCUGAAGAUUUGGCGGAGGAGUUGUCUCUGGUGGUGGAACGGGCCGGUGGGGUCGGCCGCUCGGUCCUCGCUUACGCCAUCAGCAGGCGAAAGGUGUUCCAGGUCAAUGUGGACUUGAAAGGUCCUUGCGUCGUCGUUCCCGAGCACGGUUGCGUUCAUAAAUCAGGUCGCGUGAUGAUCCUGGACGUGAGCCGCGUGUUGGUGAAAUCGGACUUACAGCCGUCGAACCUUGUACUCGAGGACGCGACCUGUAUGGAGCUUGAGGAGAAACUCUACGACCGACUACAUGCUGAGUGUUCAUAUCAAGUUCUGUUCUGCGAUUGGAACGAGCCGUGGCGCGAUUCCCGCAAGCAUGCCGAUUCCGAGCUGCAUCUCGUGCCCAAGGUCAAAGCUCAACUGGUCUUCUCCAGUAGCAUCAAGAAGGAUUACAAAUUGUUGCCAAGAUAUAAGCUGAACAUCUCUCUCUCAAGCUUGAAACUAAAUCUGUCGGAUCGUAUAAUUGGUCACCUUCUCGACUUCUGUGACAACCUUCCCGUACCUGUUCCUAACACGGUGCCAGUUUCCUUUAUGGACUCCGGGGAUUACGUCGAAGAGUUGGAGGACCCGGAGCUGGUAGAAACGCUGGUACUAGACCGCGUUUCUGCAGACCCCGGCUACAAUGAACUCGUGAAGCUAAGGCAGAAGAUAGUGGCUGCUUACCUAAGUAGAAACAGGGCAUCCGAGACGAAGCACGACCACACGGGCGUGGUGACCACCGCGCCUCCAGAGAGCGCAAUCAGCGAGUUGAGCGACGACGACGUCGAGGAGUACGCACGCUCCGUCGACCUUCCAGGCUUCGACGACAACGUCUCCCCAAGCAACACGAUCGGCACUCUGAUGCGAUUCGUCAUUGGUGAGAUAGUAAUAAACUUGAGCCGCUCCAGCGAUCAAGUUGAUCGCCCAUAUAUCAUGCUGAGCGUCACUAAAGUUUGCCUGGACGUGGCACUGAUGGAAUUCGGACCGGCUGUCCAACUAUCGGUGGACCAGGCACUCCUCACUGACAAGCAACACCACAGCAGCACCGGCCAGUACUUAGAGCUGUUGACAAGUUCCGGAGAUCUAUUCAACUUGUUGUAUAGGAAGGUGCGCGCCAACUGCCCAGAGUUUCGGUCGCACUUCCAUAGCGUUGAGCAGGCGCUGGUGGCAGACGCCGGCCAGAUGACCCUGCUGUUGCACGCCGACGCCCUGCGCACCGUUGUCAAAUAUCUGCAGUAUCUGACUGACAAGAUUCAGAGCAGGCAUGCCUUAAACUUGAAGAAGACGGUGCUGCCAAAAGCGGAGUCCCUCUGGGAUUACCUCAUGAAACCGGAGGCUGACCCACCUGUACCUCCUGGUGCCACUAAAUUCAGCUACUCCGUAAGGGCAACGGCCGUCACUAUACGCCUUUGUCACUUGGAUUGCUCGCUAGUGGAGAUCCGGCUCACAGAUCUUGAGAGUGACUGCGUGUUUCGUGCCAACGACCGCAUGAUCUUCAAGCUGUACCUCGGAUCCCUGCAUCUUGACGACCUGUCAGAGAAUACGCUCUACCCCAAGUUAGUGUGGCCGGACGAGGACAAGGUGCUUGAAGUGAAAUACGUUCGCGCCGCGACUCGCUUAAGGGCACACGCGCACGCCGAACUGCGUAUCUACUUGGGCCGCCUGCACGUCGUUAUGUUCUGCUCGCUGCUGCACCAUUUGCAGCAAUUCGCGGAGCCCCUGGUGGCUGGUCCAGCGGCGGCCGAGGCUGCUGCAGCUGCCGAGCGUGAGGCGCGACGUCGAGCAGAACGGCUGAGAGCCUGUGCCUCACGACUCAGUCUAGCUAUAGAGCUUCAUGCCCCAGUGCUGCUUCUACCACAAAAGCCGUCUUCUCCGGACUUACUCGUUCUUAACAUGGGUGAUCUACUGAUAGAGAACUUCUUUAAGCCAAUCAAUAUCAGCCAGGAAGCAAGUAGCCCGGUAGCCAAUCCCAUCAUCGACAAUAUUCUUAUUAAAUUGCAGAAUGUCACUCUUUCUAGAGCUGUCAUGACCUUGGCUGGCACAUUGGAAGUUCAGGAACCCAUUCUCGAACCGGUCGCGAUCCGAUGUGAUUUGAAGCGCGCAGUGAGCUAUCAACAAGUAGCCAGCGCUUACCGCGACCUUUUACUAUGCGAGGCAGACAUCGUAGUCGAUACUGUCAUGGUCAAUCUGGGCCAGAACGACCUGGCUACAGUCCUCGCCGUCUGGAGCGGGAACCUCAGCGAGGCGCAUUAUAUUGGAAACGUUGUACCAGGUUCUCCUGUAGACAUGGCACCUUCAGAUGUGGCUGUGAAGAAACUGCAAGCGUUCUUCGCUCAGAGUGAACCGAUAAGAAAGGAGAUUACUGUCAGAUUCACCCUAGACGGGAUCGAACUGAAACUCUUCUCUGAUAUGGACGAGGUCCUUAGCUCUCCAGUCCGAGAUCUGAACCACGGCCUAGCUAAGUUAACAGCCGGCGAGGCAACUCUCUCCCUGGAUUGCUAUUCCGACAACAGUAAAGAAUUGAAGGCUAGCCUGCAAAGUUUGCUUGUGGAGGACAUACGGCCAGACACAAGCGUUGUCAUUCGACGCAUAUUCCAGUCUCAGGGUGGUGGGUCCCGAGCAGCCGAGGGCAUUUCAGUUCUGCGGCCCCCAUUAUUAGACGCUAGUAUACGGUGUUCCGCGCGAGCCGCCACCUGGGAUCUGCGGUUGGACCGGACACGUCUCAACCUGGCCCUGCCCUUCCUGCUGCAGCUGGCCAGGACCUUGUUGGACGCCAUGCCCGGUGAGAAAACGAUGGACGGUGGUGUGGUCAAUCACGGGUACAUUGGUGACGUGGAUCCUUCACGGCCCGGGAAUAACAACUGCAAAGCUCGUUUUCCAAGUUCAAGCGACUCUACGAGCGGGUAUUACUCAACUUCAACAUCGUCGGCAGACGAGAGUCCGAGCCUCUCGAUAUCGAUCCAAUGCCGCCAACCCGAGGUGAUGUUCUUCACGGAUCUGACGAAGAGCGAGGGUCAUGCACUGCUCCUCCGUACCGAACUGCUGAUCGAUUACUCCAGUCAUUCGAACACGGAGAGCCUGGUGGUGUCCUUGGCUGGUCUGCAGGUGAUGUCGAAGCUGCAAUCUAAACUGAAAAACCUCCCGCCCCAACUCGUUCUGAAACCAUGUGACGUGGAGUUCUCAAAGUCCUUUAAAAACAUCGAAGAGGGUGUCAAAGGGCGACUAUCCGUUUCCGAAAUCGAGUUCCACGUGGCAGCUACCACAGUACACACUGUUAUGGACAUUAUUGAAGAAGUAACUAGCGAGUUAACGAUACCCGAUGAUAAGGAACCUUUCAAUUUUGCAACGUAUAACCCGAGAGUGGAUAGGCCUGACGAGGAUCUCUGGUCACCUAAGAAGAUCGAAAGCCCUAAUGUACAAUUUAACAUGGAAGACAGUUACGUGCAGCCAAAGUAUCCCACCAUCAGACCCGCCGAGACCUUCGAAGUCAUGGUUCCAAGCGUGAGAGUCUUGUUCGAGAUCGAGCAGACUGUUAGGAUUCCCGUCUUAUUGAUAAAGGUGUCAGCAGAGAUUAGUCUUCACGAUUGGUCCCGCCAACUGCACGGCGGUGGUUCGCUGAGCAUUCAGGCGGAUUGCUACAACGAACGGCUAAACGCCUGGGAACCGGUGCUGGAACCGGUGAUAGAAGAUAAUCGCCAGCGGCCUUGGGAGAUCACAGCUAGCGUGUUUCAGGCAAAAGCCUACCCGAUGUCAUCGCGGCUAGACACGGGUGGCGCUCAAGACGAAACAGAAAUGGACGGUGGUGCGUCGCAACCACCCAAAAAGCAAAAGAAGCGAAGUGGAUUCGAGUCUGAGACGUCUGCUGAUGAAGCGGACACAGAUAAUGAAAUGACGUUCAUCAGAAACCCCAGUGGCCGGGAGAACACGAGUUAUAGUUCGGGAUUCAAUGCGGGGAGUUUGUCAUUUUUACGAGCUCUGGAUAUUGAGGACUCCGACUCUGAUAACGAAGGUGGGACUAGGGACAGGAUGUCGACGGCUGUUGGACACUUAUUUACCGACGAUUCCAGCGGAGACGAAAUAAGCAAUGAUGACUCCUCGGCACCCGAACAGAGCGAAGCUUACGUCCUCAGCGAGCGGGAAGAUGAUGAAGAUAAACCCGAGACCUUCAUCGACAGCGAAGAGAAAGUGAAAAAAGAGGUGGAGCAGAAGAGUGUUACACUACAGGAGCCGAGCCGCGGCAGCAGUGUGGACUCGGGGUUGGAAGUGGAGGGCCGUUUGUGUACUUAUGUGACCCUGGAGGCGCUGGCGGCGGACGGUGGCUUGCAACUGGUCAACGAUAUCGGUCCUGGCUCGACCGUGUACCUUAAGACUCGAGCCGAGAUAGACCUGGCAGGCAACGAUCGAGUGCUAGCCAUUGCCGAUUACGACGUCGACACCAGCCGACCCAGCACGCCUGGCUGCGACACUUCUGGAGCAGACUUGCUGGAUGAAGUUGAAAAGACCACUAAGCAAGAGAUCACAGACGUCAGCGAUGAAUGGGAUUGUUUUGAGGGUGGAUUCGGCGCGGGGGCGGCGGCGCCGGCUUCCCUGCACACAUCGCCGAGUGCUCCGCCCCCCGCAGCCGAAUUGCACCGCCGGCUUACCGACCACACGCUGUCCAUUCGUCUCCAUGACAUGGACCCCCUCAAUAUCAUCUGUCCACAACGCACCGUGUCCAAGCUUCACGUACUCCAUCCGAGCAAGAACGGCACUCGGUACUAUUUGGUGGUGGAGAGAACGUCCAAGUAUAACGCUAAGAAGAUCGUGGUCAGAUCACCGCUGCAGGUCCGCAACGAGACCACAUACGCGCUGGAGCUGCUCUACCGCAAAUCGGACCUCGAGGCCGCCGGCGUGGAGCCAGUGGGCUCGAUGAGGAAUCCCUUCUGCGGCCUGCUGAGGCUGGCCGUCCUGGCACCCGACGACACCUUCAACGUGCCGCUGUAUAUCGCUUACCACUGCAAGCUUUACAUGAUGCCGACUAACUUCGAAAGUUACCAAACCACAACUCAGGGCAUUUGGUGGAUGGAUCUAGCGAAGGACUUGGGUACGCCUCGUGACGUCAUCUGCCCAGCGAAGAGUGACGAUGACCCCAGAAUAUUCGCAAUGAAAAUAGUACCUGUUGAAGGAUGCCAAUCGCAGAAGGUGUCGCGGGCGAUUCCGAACUUGCUUGUACGCGUGGUGCCCUCUCUCGGCGUGCACAACUGUCUACCACACGCCCUUCAAAUCAGCGGCGGCGAGCUGAAGCUGCGAAUCGAGCCAGGAGAGCGGGCUCACGUCUACACCCUGGACCUGUCCAAAUCCCACCGCCUCACGCUGGACGUGCUCUACCUGGGCUUACCCUGGACCGGUAGCUUCACUCUGUCACCAGAUAUGACGGAGAAGACAGUGAACAUGGUGACAGAAUGCGACACCGAAGGUGGCAAUAAGCAAUUGGGGGUGUGCGCUCGCGUCCAACGCAGCGAUUCCUGGCGCCUUUUGCUGUAUGCCCCCUGCUGGAUUAUCAACAAGACCGGACUACCCUUGCAGAUUAAGGGGGGCCGAGGCGAGCCGCCCCAAGAGGCGGCGGAGGAGGCCCUGCUGUGGGGUGGGCGGGGCGAGCGGCUCCGGGUGCGCGCACACCAGUCCAGCUGGUCUAGGGCGGCGCGCGCCCGCCCACACGCACCAGGACUUCUUGUGUGCACCCACGCAGAGCGCAAAAUCAACUAUCGCAUGUUGCUACACGUCACGCUUUCGGAGCUAUGUCCUCAACUAACGAAGAUCGUCACGCUCCUACCAUACUUCCUCGUGUACAACGACACGAAGAAACACCUGCGGUACAUGGAGGAGAACGAAGCGGCGGACCUGUGGAUAGACCUAGCACCGCAGCAGUGCACGCCGUUCUGGCCGCAGACCGACUCGAUGUCCAUGCAUUGCAAGUACCGGGACUCGAACGUUGUCUCGCAGCACUUCCCGAUAGCGAGGAACCACUUCACCGUACUCAGGAUGGACAAGGGGGUGAGGAUUGUGAAUCGA